AUGGCUCAUUUUAACUACACAGCCAACAUGAAUUUCCCACAUGUUCAUCACUUUGCCACUUUACUCCUUCUCAUUGCAUCCCAAGCAAAAGCAAUCCAAUCAUCUUCUUUAAACAUCCAAACUGAUAAAGAAGCUUUACUAUCACUGAAAGAUGGCAUCAAUGAUCCCACAAGUUCACUUUCUUCAUGGAAUGAAACCACAACAGUUUGCAAAUGGCAUGGAGUCUACUGCAACAGAGCACAGCAGAGAGUCUAUGGACUAGACCUGCAAGGCCUUGGACUGCAAGGUUCCAUAAGUCCUCAAAUUGGCAACCUAUCCGUUCUCACCUUCCUAAAUCUUCAAGACAACCAACUCUCUGGCAACAUUCCUUCUCAACUUGGCUCUGUCUCCUCUUUAAACAUCCUCAACAUAAGCUCCAACCUCAUCAAUGGCCUCAUCCCACAAACCAUACUCAACUGCCAUGAACUCACUGUCCUUGAUUUGUCUAACAACCUCAUCACAGGCAGUAUCCCUCAAAACCUUGAAUUACUGUCAAAGCUUCAGAUCAUGAAGUUAGGACAGAAUAGGUUAAAUGGAGUUAUCCCAAAUUCCAUAGGAAACAUUUCAUCUCUUACCUUUCUGGACUUGGGUACCAACACACUCACUGGUUCAAUACCAAAUGAGUUGGGACAUCUCCACAAACUUCAACACCUGCAACUCUCCAUAAACAACCUCACUGGAACUGUCCCUCCAUCUUUAUACAAUGUUUCUUCACUUGUUUUCUUUGCUCUAGCAUCAAACAAUUUGCAUGGUGAGAUCCCUGCUGAUGUUGGUUUUACUCUUCCAAAUCUCAUUCUCUUUCACUUCUGCUUCAAUGAAUUCACCGGUCAGAUACCACCUUCACUUCACAAUGUCACAAAGAUCCAAAGCAUCAGAAUGUCCCAUAACUUUCUUGAUGGCUCAGUUCCUCCAGGACUGAACAUGCUCUCCAAGCUCACCAUGUAUAACAUUGGCUACAAUAGGCUUGUUUCCACCGAUACUAAUGGCCUGCAUCUUAUCACCUCCUUGACAAACUGUUCCAAUCUUGCAUUCCUUGCCUUUGAUGGCAAUUUUUUUGAAGGGAUGAUCCCAGACACUGUGGGUAAUUUGUCCACCAACCUCUCAAAAUUGUACAUGGGUGAGAAUCAAAUCUUCGGUAGCAUACCAAAAUCAAUAGGUCAACUGACAAGCUUGACAUUACUGAACGUGAGCCAGAACUUGAUUUCUGGUGCAAUCCCAGAAGAGAUCAGCAAACUCAGUGAGCUUCAAAAGUUGUUGCUGUCUGGAAACCAAUUCCAAGGCUCAAUUCCAGCAGCUCUCGGUAGCCUAACCAAACUCAUCAAUCUUGAUUUGUCUGAUAACAGUCUUGCAGGAGCAAUACCUUCUACUUUUUCCAACUACCAAAGUCUGCAAUCACUAGACCUUUCUAACAACAAACUGAAUGGAAGUAUUCCAACAGAGAUCUUUUCCAUUUCUAGUCUAAGCUCCUCACUGAAUCUUUCAAGGAACCUACUUUCGGGCCCUCUGCCAGAAGAGAUAGAGAGACUGGAGAAUGUCGUUGCCAUUGAUUUUUCCGAUAACUUGUUAUCUGGUGAUAUUCCUGAAUCCUUGGGGAAGUGUCAUAGUUUGCAAGUUCUUUCCAUGUCAAACAACUCAUUCACAGGGUUUAUACCUGAACAAAUCUCCAAUUUGAAAGGUUUACAAAGUCUUGACCUUUCAUCCAACCAACUCUCAGGGACUAUUCCUAGUGAUCUCGGUAAACUUCAAGGUCUCCAAUUCUUGAACCUCUCCUUCAAUGAUCUCCAAGGAGUGAUACCAAAUGAAGGCAUUUUUAAAAAUGCGUCUCGUAUUCAUCUCCAAGGAAAUAGUAAACUUUGCAGUUCAUCUUCACCAAGUUGGUGCCAACAAAGCAGAAAACACCGAGAGAAGAUAAGUACCUCACGUCUCAUCUGGCUUCUUGUUGUAAUUUGUGUCACUGUCUUCGUUCUUGUGAUUGUGGCAUGGAUAGUGUUUAUCAGAACAACAAGAAAAAAAAGCCCAGCAAAAGUCUCUGCAAACUCGAACUCAAACACAAACACAUUCAAAGGCCAACGCCCUCUGAUUUCCUAUGAAGAGCUUCUUCGGUCAACCGAAAACUUCAGCACCAGCAAUCUUAUAGGCAGUGGAAGCUUUGGUUCUGUCUUUAAAGGUGUUCUUAGUGAUGGCAUGAUGAUCGCCAUCAAAGUAUUGAAUCUUGCAACCCAUGGAGCUGCCAGGAGCUUCCUGGCCGAAUGCGAAGCUCUGAAGAACGCAAAGCAUCGUAAUCUAGUGAAGUUGAUAACAUCUUGCUCCAGUAUAGACUUUGAGAACAGAGACUUCAUUGCAUUAGUUUAUGACUUCAUGAGUGGUGGAAGCUUGGAGGAUCUCAUUCAUGGAGCAAGAGAGCUAAGCAUACUUGACAGGUUGAACAUUGCCAUGGAUGUAGCUAGUGCAUUGGAUUAUCUACACAAUGACUGCCAGCCUCCAGUGGUGCACUGUGACAUGAAGCCAAGCAAUGUAUUGUUAGAUGAAGACAUGAAUAUUGCAAAGGUCGGAGACUUUGGAUUGGCAAAGCUGAUGGUUGACCAGGAGCCAAGUUCUUCUACCAAUUGGAUCAAAGGUUCCAUUGGAUACAUACCUCCUGAGUAUGGCUAUGGAGGUAGAGUAUCAACCAGAGGAGAUGUUUAUAGUUAUGGAAUCAUGUUACUUGAGCUUCUAACAGGGAAGAGACCAACCAAUGAGGUCUUUCAACAGGGCUUGAGUUUAGAGAAAUGUGUACGCAUGGCAUUCCCUGAUAGAAUCAUGGAGGUCAUAGACCCUAAACUUGUUGCCAGCCAUGAACUGACAACUAAUGGAGGGUUGAUGAUAAGCUCAGAGAAGCAGGAAGGGUGCAUAAUCUCCAUUGUUAGGAUUGGGUUGGCAUGUGCCACCGACUCACCUGAAGCUCGCAUUGGCAUGAGAGAUGUCAUCCAACAACUCAAGGCCAUCAAGGACACACUUAUGAAGCCACAGCUUGAUUUCAAAGUGGUCUAAUUAGGGGGUCAUAUGACUGAUGAAGGAUAUAUAUAUAUAUGAUAUAUAUGAAAGGACAAGAAUAUGAAGUAUGUUGCAGUCUUAGUUUUACUACUUUAUGGAGUGUUCCUAUAUAUGUUUGUGGUUUCAUCAUAUUAAAAUUGUAUGGUUGUCAAAAUCCAUUUCUCUGUUGAUCUGUAAAGGAGAAAGAAAUGGUUUGAUAUAAUAAAUGAA